CAUAUCUAUUCGAAUUGAUGCGUACUUGAAAACCGAUCAGACCCUGAUAAAGUUUCGGAUCAAUGUGCUUGUGAUUUGAGACCAUUUUUGAAAUUAAAGGCGAUAUUUUAGCUUUGAACUUAACAUUUGAUGAGCGUGAUAUUGAUUAUGUGAAUUAAAUGUUAUUUCUAUGUCACUUUUCGAACACGUGGCGAUCGAUGUGUGAGUUAAACACGAAUAGUAUCAAAUAUGUACAGUGUACACAUAAAUAUGGAUUUUUAGUCGCUGACUGAAUCUGGCACGAGUUAACGUAUUUAAACAUCGCUGUUCAAGUAAAUCGGUUGCCGAGCGUAUUACACUGACUGAAUACAACGCUUAUGGAAGACCUAACAGGACCAUUUUUUAAACAAUAAACAAUACAUUCAUUUUGUUCUAUUGGAAACAAUUUUGUGAUUGAUACAAAUAAAAUACCAAAAAAAUGAGUGCAUGUGAAGGAUUACACUGUGUAACCAAUAGUGUUGGUGCUGCCGAUUCAUUGUUUGCUUCAUUGGUCCGCACAAUUUUAGCCGCUCAAUGUGCCAUUUAUUCAGACCAUGAUAAAUUUCCCAAAAAUUAUGCAAAAUCUCCGACAUUUGACGGCGACGCUCUGAAUUUUGACUUCAUUAUUGUCGGCUCUGGUGCUGGUGGCUCCGUGGUUGCUGGUCGAUUGAGUGAAAAUCCAAAUUAUAAAGUGUUGCUAAUUGAAGCUGGCGGAAAUCCACCCCUUGAAUCGGAUGUACCUGGUCUUUUUGGUUCUUUGUCACAUUCGCAGGUCGAUUAUCUGUAUUCAUCGUACGCGACGCGUGCUUGUCUAAGCAACUCAGGCUUGUGUCCAAUUUCCCGUGGUAAAAUGUUGGGUGGAACUACUAGCAUGAAUGGAAUGUAUUAUUCGCGCGGUGACCGUGAUAACUACAAUAAAUGGGCAGCCAACGGUUGUGUUGGUUGGGAUUAUGACAGCGUAUUGAAAUACUUCAAAAAGUCGGAACACAAUUUGCAUGAACCAUUUUUACAAGGUAAUUCAUCGCAAUACCACAGCGGCUCAGGUCCGAUGCAAGUGAGCUUCUUGGGAAAUGUAACAUCUGCAUAUCAACUGUUCAUCGAUGCGGCGAUUGAACGAGGUGUGCCCAUCAAUGAAGAUCCAAAUGGUGCAAACGAGUUGGGAAUUACUAGUCUGCAAUUCAUGGCAGCAAAUGGACGACGUGAAAGCUCAGCCACAGCCUUCAUCAAUCCGGUACAAAAUCGUUCAAAUCUUUUUGUCAUGAAGGAGUCAUAUGUUACGAAGAUUUUGAUCGAUCCAGCAAAUACAGCGACUGGAGUUAAUAUCGAUUACAAUGGAAAAUCAUAUACAGCAACUGCAUCCAAGGAGGUGAUUCUAUCAGCCGGUGUAAUUGAAAGCCCAAAGUUGCUGAUGCUAUCUGGCGUCGGACCGGCUGAAGAAUUGAAUGCACACAAUAUUCCUGUUAAACAAAAUCUACCAGUUGGUAAAAAUCUUCAAGAUCAUGUGUGUGUUCUAGUUUUUACCCAAGCCGAUGGUGUUGCCGACGAAGCAUCAGCUACCGAUGCUCUCGAUUAUACUUAUCAAUUGGCCAUUCAUAAACGUGGGCCGUAUGCCAAUCAACUUGGAAUAGCUUCGUUUUUGAACACAGAACCAACGGUUCAAUAUCCAAACCAUGAGAAUAUUUACAUUACUUUCGCUAAAAAUACUUCCGAUCUAGCCGGCUUUAUUCAUGUUGUAAGCUUGAAUGCAAGUGCAUUUCAAGCAGUUUUCGAUGCGAAUAUUGAACACGACAUUCUUGCCACAUUUAUCUUCUACUUACAACCAGAAUCACAUGGAACAAUCAAAUUGAAUGGAACCAAUCCAUACAACCAUCCAAUCAUCGAUCCCAAUUACUUUGACAAACAAAAUGAUCUUAUCAAUUUUGCAAAGGCUGUUAAAGACCAACAUGCUUACUCUCAAACUAAAGCUUUCCAGAAGUAUGGAGCAAAACCAGUUCGAAUCCCAUUGCUAGCAUGCGAUAGUAAAUACGAAUACAACACAGAUGAUUAUUGGCAAUGCUAUAUCCAACAAUUGGCAGCGGCUGGUUACCAUCAUGUUGGCACUUGUAAAAUGGGAGCGGCAAACGAUGCAACCGCUGUCGUUGAUCCAGAACUCCGCGUCAAGGGUAUUGAUCGUCUCCGAAUUGUUGAUUCCAGUGUUUUUCCAUCCAUUACUACGGGACACACAACUGCUCCAACUGUUAUGAUUGCCGAAAAGGCAGCUGAUCAUAUUAAGAAAACAUGGGGAUGAUGACUCACAACCGUACUCGUGAAACUUACAAUAGCUUUAACAAAAAUUUUACAUUAAAAAUUAGAAGAAAAAAAACACGUCCGAGCACA